ACGCAGAAGGGACCGCCGCUGGCGGUUGAGCCGCCAGUUUUGGUCUCCUUGUGCUGCCCCUUGCGCAGGUUUCCUCCUCAUCGUUCCACUUCCUUUCUUUUGUUGUACCGGGUCGCCGUAUACAAAGAUCACGGUGAUCCGGUGUACGUGGUGGGCUACUCUAACAGCAUUCCGUAUGGUGACAGAGCAAGGCUUCAUUGUCGAUCACUCUGCGCAUGUUAUCUACUGAGAGCAAGCUCAAUCUCGGCAUUUUCUAGGUGUUCUCAUCAUGGAUGCGGUUGUGUUUGCAGACGAUGCGAGCGAACAGGAGAAAAUUGAAAGUUUGAAGGCUAUUGAAGGUUAUCUGCAGAAAGGACUCGGCAAUACGAAAGUCAUUGACGUUUACGAUGAAACCAGCCAAAGUUACGAAAAGAAUCUGAACGUGGCUAACUACAAAGGACCGCAAGGAUUGGCAAACGCUAUGGAAGAAUUGUUUCCAAACAACAGACACAAAAUAAAGAUUUUGGAUGCUGCUUCCGGUACUGGACUUUCUGGAGAGGCGUUGUAUAAAGCUGGAUUUACCAACCUCGAUGGUGUGGAUGCCUCAGAGAAGAUGUUGGAUUUAGCGAAAUCGAAAAACAUUUACCAGAGACUGAUCUGUGAAUACCUGGGAGAAAAUAAACUACGUACUCACGUAAACGAUCGUAUCUAUGAUGUGGUGACUAUGUGUGGAGGAGUUGGACAAAAUCAUACUCCUUGGUGUGCUUUUGAAGAACUCGCCUCUGUAGUAAAACCAGGUGGUCUGUUUGUUCUAGUGACACGAGAUGAGCAUUUCGAUUGUGUGGACCAGCAGGGUAAUACUGGAAGGCGCAUGUUCCGAAAACUGGCUGACGAGGGGAAAUGGAAACUGGAGUCAAAGAAAACUUUACCUGACUACAUAUAUGGUGAAGAAGGAGUUAUAGUAGUGCUCAGAAUUCUAUAAAUAUAAAUAAAUAGUUUACACGUCUUUUGUUUAUAUACUCAGUUUAAUUAGGAAAAGUCAAGUCGAAAUACUAUACAGACGAUUUAUUGUUUCUAAUGCAUUAUGGAUUUAAAAAAAUUGAAAUCUG